CAAAAAAAAGAAGAAGAAAGAAGCCAACAACACAGUGUAAAUCAGAGCCUCCAUCUUUUCUAUCUGUACUGUUUUCUUCAUAUCCAAUUCCACCACCAUUUCUUUAAACAAAACAGAAAAACCCCAUAACAAACGCAACCACCUAACUGAAUCACCAACAAGAAAAAACAACUACUCCUACUUCAAACGACGCCGUUCUCCUCAGUUCUCAACCUUGCAUGCUCACUUCCUCUCCUUCUCUCUCUCAUCUUCUUCUAUUUCUUCACCUCCACAAUUCUCUUCCACUUCAAAACCCUAAAACCCUCACAAUGAAGGAUCGACCUCGCUCUUCCUACGGCGCCGUUUACGUUCCUCCGCACCACCGCUUACGCUCCGUCAUUACUACUCCCAACUACACUUCCUCCGCCGCCGCCGCAACCGCCGGUACCGGUGCGGGAGCCGGAGCUGCAGAUAUCGUCGACUCCAAGCUCCGCGAGCCUCCACAAACCGCUGUGAUAAGCCCUAGACAGACUCAUAGUCCUUACUCGCAACAAGAGCAGCUCCACAACAGGAUUUCGCACUUCAAUUCGCCGCGGCAUCCGCCGCCCUUUGAUGAUUCCGUCUCCGAAGAAGGCUCCGAUCGCGAGCUCGAUUCCUUUCCUCUACCGGGUGCUUCCCCCUUUGAUAACAUUGAUGAGUGGACACGGAAGUUUACAAUGCUUUUACGUGACAAAGAGAAGCAAGAAUUUGUCUCAAGGGAGAAAAAGGAUAGACGUGAUUUUGAGCAAAUAUCAGAUUUGGCAAGCAGAAUGGGGCUGUACAGCCAUCUGUAUGCAAAAGUUGUUGUCUUUAGCAAGGUCCCACUGCCUAACUACAGAUUCGAUCUGGAUGACAAACGUCCACAGAGGGAGGUGGCCUUGCCUCUUGGGUUGCUAAGAAGAGUUGAUUCCUAUUUUGGAGAAUACCUCUCUCAAAAGUCUAAGACUAGGGAAAGCUAUCCAGAUAUAUCAUUUUCGAGAUCAAACAGUAGCUGUAGUAUUGCCACUGAUGAAGGGCUUUUUGAACAGCCUGAGCCGCUAGGAGCCAGUAAGUCUGUAAUGGAGAAAAUUCAUCAACGGCGAAGUUUGCAACUCCGUGAUCAGCAACGAGCUUGGCAGGAAUCUCCUGAAGGUAGAAAAAUGCUGGAGUUUCGUGGGAGUCUCCCUGCUUAUAAAGAGAAGAAUACAUUACUGACAGCCGUUUCACGAAAUCAGGUUAUUAUUGUCUCUGGUGAAACUGGCUGUGGCAAGACCACACAAAUUCCCCAAUUCAUUUUGGAAUCAGAGAUAGAAUCUGUUCAUGGAGCUGUUUGUAGCAUUAUAUGUACGCAGCCAAGACGAAUAUCUGCUAUGUCUGUUUCUGAAAGAGUUGCUUCAGAGAGAGGGGAGAAAUUGGGUGAAUCUGUUGGAUAUAAAGUUCGUUUGGAAGGUAUGAAAGGGAGGGAUACCCACCUUCUCUUUUGCACCACUGGCAUCUUGUUGAGAAGAUUGCUAAUUGAUAGAAACUUAAAAGGUGUAACUCAUGUUAUCGUGGAUGAGAUUCAUGAACGUGGAAUGAAUGAAGAUUUUCUGCUUAUUGUCCUAAAAGAUCUCCUUCCUCGCCGGCCAGAGCUUAGGCUGAUUCUGAUGAGUGCAACCCUUGAUGCAGAGCAUUUCUCGUCCUACUUUGGUGGAGCUCAGAUAAUUCACAUCCCAGGCUUUACAUACCCGGUCCGGACUCAUUUCCUAGAGGAUAUUUUGGAAAUGACUGGUUACAAAUUGACACCAUACAACCAAAUCGAUGAUUAUGGUCAAGAAAAGAUGUGGAAGAUGAGCAAACAAGCACCAAGAAAGAGGAAAAGCCAAAUUGCUUCUGUUGUUGAGGAUGCACUCGGAGCAGCUGAUUUUAAGGAGUAUAGACCCCAGACUCGGGAGUCUUUGUCAUGUUGGAAUCCUGAAUGUAUUGGUUUUAAUCUCAUAGAGUAUCUUUUAUGCUAUAUAUGUGAAAAUGAGAAGCCUGGUGCGGUCCUAGUUUUUAUGACUGGCUGGGAUGACAUAAGUUCUCUGAAAGAUAAGCUGCAAGGUCAUCCUCUAUUAGGCGAUCCAAGCCAAGUUUUGUUGCUAGCAUGUCAUGGGUCUAUGGCCAGUUCAGAGCAGAGGUUAAUAUUUGAUGAGCCUGAAGAUGGAGUGAGGAAAAUUGUUCUUGCUACUAAUAUUGCUGAAACAAGUAUCACCAUUAAUGAUGUUGUAUUUGUUCUUGACUGUGGAAAGGCUAAAGAGACUUCUUAUGAUGCAUUGAAUAACACUCCUUGUUUGCUCCCUUCCUGGAUUUCGAAGGUUUCUGCUCAACAAAGAAGAGGAAGAGCUGGCCGUGUUCAACCUGGAGAGUGUUACCAUCUCUAUCCUAGAUGUGUAUACAAUGCUUUUGCAGAGUAUCAAUUGCCAGAAAUUUUAAGGACACCUUUGCAAUCUCUUUGUCUGCAAAUAAAAAGUUUGAAACUUGGGAGUAUUUCUGAGUUCCUUUCUAGGGCUUUGCAGUCACCAGAAUUACUUGCGGUUCAAAAUGCUAUUGAUUAUCUAAAAAUCAUUGGUGCCCUGGAUGAGAACGAAGGUUUGACAGUCUUGGGACGCUAUUUGACUAUGCUUCCAGUGGAGCCAAAACUUGGAAAGAUGCUCAUCUUAGGGGCCAUCUUCAAUUGCCUGGAUCCAGUAUUGACUAUUGUUUCUGGCCUUAGUGUCAGAGAUCCUUUCUUAACACCAUUUGACAAGAAGGAUCUUGCAGAGGCUGCAAAAUAUCAGUUUUCCCGAGAUUACAGUGAUCACCUUGCACUUGUCAGGGCCUAUGAGGGCUGGAUAGAUGCCGAAAGAGAUCUUGCUGGUUAUGAAUACUGCUGGAGAAAUUUUCUUUCUGUGCAAUCCAUAAAAGCUAUUGAUUCUCUAAGGAAAGAGUUUUUCUCUUUGCUCAAGGAUACUGGCUUGGUUGAUGGCAACACAACCUCUUACAAUGCAUGGAGUCAUGAUGAGCAUCUCGUCCGAGCAGUUAUUUGCUAUGGACUAUAUCCUGGGAUUUGCUCUGUUGUGCACAAUGAAAAGUCAUUUUCACUGAAAUCUAUGGAGGAUGGCCAGGUGUUUCUGUACUCGAACUCAGUCAAUGCUCGGGAAUCUAAAAUUCCGUACCCAUGGCUGGUUUUCAAUGAGAAGAUAAAAGUGAAUUCUGUUUUCCUCCGGGACUCAACUGCUGUUUCUGAUUCAGUACUACUACUAUUUGGUGGAACGAUCUCAAGAGGGGAAACUGAUGGGCACUUGAAAAUGCUGGGAGGAUUUCUUGAAUUCUUCAUGAAUCCUACAUUAGCAGACAUGUAUCAAAAUUUGAGGAGAGAACUUGAUGAGCUAAUUCAGAAAAAACUACUGUAUCCCAGGAUGGACAUGCACACCCAUCAUGAGCUCCUAUCAGCUGUGCGGUUGUUGGUUUCAGAGGACCGAUGUGAUGGCAGAUUUGUAUUUGGCCGCCAGGUCCUUAAGCCCUCGAAGCCGUCUGUUUUGGAAACAAAGACGACCUUGAUUUCAAGAAUUGAAAGUGGACCUGGGGGUGAUAAUUCUAAGAGUCAGCUCCAAACAUUGCUCACCAGGGCCGGAUAUGCCGCACCUACUUACAAGACUAAGCAACUGAAGAACAACCAGUUCCGGGCCACUGUGGAGUUUAAUGGGAUGCAAAUUAUGGGUCAGCCUUGUAACAACAAGAAGAGUGCAGAAAAGGAUGCUGCAGCUGAGGCUCUUCAGUGGCUUAUGGGUGGUAACCAAGCAGGCCACGAGCAUUUAAAUCAUAUGUCAAUGUUACUAAAGAAAAGCAAGAAGGAUCAUAACUAAACUAAUGUAGUCAGCUCUCCCAUUAAGGGCUUUCGGGGGAAGACAAUAUUACGAUGAUUGGUUUUUAGGAAUUCCAUAUCACAUGGAAUGUAGUUGUGUGACCAUGUGGAUCCAGACCCCCCUCUUCUGUCGAUGAUAAGGAAAAAAAACGAAAACAUGAGGUAGUAUUGUCGCUUUGAAAAAUCAGCAAACUUGACUGUGUGACACGUCCAUUCAGUCACAAGCAUAAGGCUCAGGCAUACUUCACCAACAAAGAUCAGGGUAGAAUUCAAGUUAAAACAUUUUUCAGGUUGAUUUAUAAUGUCGGGUCAUCUGUUUCGGAUCAUGAAUCUACAGACAACUGAAUAAAGUUUUGAGGGGGACUGCAGUUGACCUAUUUUGUUGAUUUCAUGCUUUUUUGAUUAUACUGGGGACAUUUGAUGGUGACCAUUAGAGUUGGUACAAGACAGGCUUAGUGGGGAGUUAGUACAUAGCAUCAAUGGACAAUAUAUACACAUUGGAAGGAAGCGGUGAUAUAUCAUUAUUACCCCUCGUUUUUAAAAUCAGAUAUAAUUGAGAUUGUAAUCACCUUAUGUAUAUUACUAUUAUUUGAAAAUAACCAGUAGGCUUGUAUUUUGUAAGGGGUGAUAUAAUUUUGCCUGCCUUGUGUUAAUUAUUUUUCCUUUGUUCAAUUUCUUGUGUUGCUCUGA